AUGGGGUUGCGGGGCUUUUUGCAGCGGCGGCUCGCGGGAGUCGGGUGCCUUCCUCCGCUGGGGCGCAGGUUGCUGGCCGGGGAUUACUCGCAAGCCCCUAAUUGGAACUCUCCGGCGUUUGCCGUUUCAAGGGUAAGAGGGAUGGAGGCCCAGUCAUCAUCCGACAGCAGUUGUAAGAAAUCCCCUGUUUCCUCAGCUGCUCUCCAGGGAGCUGUAUGGGUCCUUCUUACGGGUGGAAUCUUGCUUAGCUUCUUCUUUCUUGUCUUCACGAUUCGCUUCAGGAAAAAUAGGAUUGUGAAGAUGUCCAGUCCCAACCUGAAUGUUGUGACCUUGCUGGGAAGCGGCUUGACUUAUGGUAGUGCUUACCUCUUUGGGAUCGAGAAGCAGAAUCCGUUGUCCAGGCCGUCCGCGGAGAUGCUCGUUCAGAUGAGGAUUUGCUUGUUGUGCGUUGGGGGCUCGCUGGCCUUCGGCCCCAUCCUGGGGAAAAGCUGGCGGUUGUACAAAGUGUUCACGCAACGGGCCCCGGAUAAGAGAGUGAUUAUCAAAGACCCGCAGCUGCUGCUGAUGGUGGGGGCGUUAGUGGGGGCCGACGUUGCCCUGCUCUCUGCGUGGAUCUUGUUGGAUCCGGUCCAGUGUCUACCGAGCCUUAAUGCAGAGCUGAAGGUGACCGAGAAGGGCCUGGCUUGCGUAGUGCACCGAGGGUACUUCUGUAUGUCUCUGUAUUCUGAGCUCUGGCUUAUUCUCUUCUUGGGAUUUAAGGGCAUCCUCUUGAUGUACGGGGCGUAUCUUGCCGGCCUGACGUACGGCGUCAGCUGUCCGCCGGUCAAUCAGUCGGUGACCCUCCUCGUUGGCAUCGCUGUUAUAUUUCUGUCUGCCGAAAUUACGCUGGCGGUGAAUCGUUUUUUCCAUUCGUGGCACAAUCUGGUCUUUGGCGCGACCUCGGGAGGGAUCUUUGUCUGUACCACCACCAUAACCUGCAUGAUCUUUACUCCACAGGUCCAGCAAUGGAAAGCUUUUGAAAACCAGAACGAAAACCUCGGCCAGGUGGCCAAAUACUUCACUAGCUCCAGCAAGAACUUCCACUCCACGGUGUACAGCGAGGAGGAGAUCUGCCAGCUACUUGGGGAGAAGCACGCCAUGAUGCAGCUGCUGGCUGAGAAAGAGACGGCAAUCGCGAGCCUACAGGAACAAGUCAACAGCACGAAGGAGAAGCUGACCAGACUUGUAGCUGCAGAAGACAACCAGGAGGCUGCUGAUUCCCCAGAUCUUUCUGCCUUUCCUUAUCCUCACGAUCUCUCUGCAGCCAGUCCCUCUUCUAGAUCACCUGAAGACUCACCAGCAGACCUUUCCUUACCUGGCCAGGAGCGAAAUUCAUGGCAAUAUUAUCCCAUGUUCUCAAAUUCAGGGUCUUCUAAUAAAAACAACCAUGUCGGUGACCUGGAGCGUACCGCUCAACGCAACGUACCACUGGAUAUUACUGACACGUGUAGACUGUUGAACGGUGCUAGAAACAUUUCCCGUCGUUCACAUGGUCCCAGUGACCAUGACAAUUGGCUCUUCCAAUACGCCGCCCCGCUCGGCGUAGGCACCCUCCGAGAGCCACUGGGGGAGAACUUCUCCCCACCGAGGGGGGCAGCGGAACAACCCCAGGUUCGGAAGCCACUGCCAGGGGUCCGCUACGUAAGCAGGGACGAGCUUCAAGAAGUCUUGCAGGAGCUGAGCGUGGAUCACAAAGACGGUGGCCGGACUUCUGCCAGGGGGCCAGAGCAAAGCACCGCGCAUGAGAGGAGCGCAGGGGGGUGUCCACCGCAAGAGAUGCAGGCCAACCCGCUCGCUAGGCUUAGUCCUUACGAGACAAGGCUGGAGAGGAAAAUCCCCACCUGCCUACCUGGCUCUGUGGUCCCUGGUGCUUGGUGCGUUGUGAGCAGAACCGCCGGCGGAAGGCAAAGGAGCCUCCGCAAAGUCAGCGAAUUUCCUUGGGCUGUGGCUGGUGACACUCCCGAAAGACGUCCUUGGCGUCAGCCGUGCUCUUUCCCAUCGCCGAGGUUUAAGAGCAGAGAGGAGAAUGGCUGGCUGUUAGACAAGCAUCCGGUGGGAAACUCGGCACCUCUGCUGUCUCCCGGCGGUCCCAGGGCAUUCCAUCGCCAGCCACAGGAUUUUGCAAGAUACACAGGGCAUCUUUAUCCAGAUUUCGACUCCAGCAGCACCACCACUACGUCCUCUGGGGGCAGGAUACACUGCCACCACAGGCACGGUUGUGAAGGUUGCCGCCACAGCCUGUCUUCCUCCAGUGGCAGCUGUAGCACGGAUAUAGACAGCGAGCCGGGCAUCUCUGGACGCCAAUGGGCAAACCUGUUUGCCAAACCUCAGCCCGUUGUGAACUUCAAUGAGGAUUUAGAGCCCACCUAUGUGUAA